AUGUUUAUUCUCACAAAAAUUGCUGAUUUGGUUCAAAUCGCACCGCAAGAUUUAGGGAAGAAUGCUAGUCAAGCUAUUGAGGAUAAUAUCAAUCUUAAAUAUGCCAACAAAGUGAUCCAAAAAAUUGGUCUUUGUAUAAGCUUUUAUGAUCUUCUCUCAGCCUCGGAAGGUUUAAUUGGACAUGGUGAUGGUCUUGUGAAUGUCAAUGUCGAAUUUCGCAUUGUUGUCUUCCGACCUUUUAAAUUUGAAAUCAUGACAGGGAGAAUCAGUAGCUCUAUUGAGAGUGGAAUUAGAGUUCGUACUCAUUUCUUCGAUGAAAUCUUUGUCCCCGCAAAAAUGCUACCCGAUGGUUCACACUUUAACCACAACGAGCAAGUUUUUGUCUGGAGCACCGAAGAGGGUACAGAGCUUUUCUUCGAUAACCAGGAAACGGUGCGAUUCCGAAUUGACUCUGAGCAAUGGAAUGAUCAAGCGCCAUUGGGCCCCGAAAAACAAGAUGAUAAUGAGGAAUCAGUACGAGUGAUUGAAGCCCCUUAUAAGAUAGUAGCUUCGAUGGAAGAGGUUGGGUUAGGGCCCUGCCUAUGGUGGGACUAG